CACGCAGCCUCUGCGCACCUGUCAUUUUCCUCACCAACCCUUUAACCCCAAACCUCACACAGCUCGCCUGCUUGCGUUGUUCGUCGCUGUCGUUGGUGAGCCUCUGACAACUUGCGCGUCCUUGCUUGACAUCACAACCCACACCUGCACCAAGUUGCAGCCCACACCCCACACCCCAUACACAACAUCCAUCCGUCCAUCAAGCAACGCAAAACACACCCACCAUCGCCUUCUUCUCCUGUUUCAAACCUCCUUUUUUGUUCUCCUCACUUCUCUGUCCUCUCUGUUGCUUGUGUUUCUGUGCAUGAGCAAACCUUGUCAUCAAUUACUUUUGCUUGCUCUGUCGUCGUCGUCGCCCUUGCUCAUCAAGAUCUUCUUCACUUCUCUCUCUCUCUCUCUAUCCUUCUUCACAACAACCAUCUCUCCCGCUUCCCACCACGACAACACACACACACACCACCCAUUUUCCACACCACGAUCACUUUGUUGAUCGCGAACACCAAUCCCAACACCAACGCCAAAGCAAACCACCACCCACCAUGUCGUCUUCUUCGUACCAUGUGUCCCACUCAUCACCAAUGCACAACACUGACGAUUGGUGGUGUUCCUCUGCACAACAGCGACUGGAACGCAGUGCCCGCCCAUGCGCGGCCGUGAAGCUGGAAUAUCAAGAGGUGGAAGAGAAAGGAGUGGAUGCUCCGGCAUUGUCAUCGCCAACCCCGUCUUCAGCCACAACCAUGAUGACGGCGGCUUACAACAACAACAACAACAACAACAACAAGCAGCACAAGGCCUCGGCCGCGCUUGCCUUUGAUGACUACAGCAACAACGACAACGACAGAGCCGUUUCUCCGGACCUGGCGUUGUCCAGCUCCGGCCUGUCUCCGUCCACGUUUGCUGACGACGCGUCGCCUCCACAUGCCCCCUUUGGUGACAACAACAACAACGCUGGCGAUGACAGGACGAUGUGCAUGCCGCUGCGCCAAACCGCCAAGCAGCAGCAGCAGCCACAGCCAUCUCCCCACCACCUCCUCUUCCCCGUCUCUGCCGCCAAUGCCCAUGAUGACUCGGGAUUGGCGUGCAACGACAGCCUCUUGAUGGAUGAUGGUGCUCGCUACACCUCCUCCACCUCCACCUCCAAUUCCACGGCCCCGCUCUCUGGGCAAGUGCACAGCGCUUCUCGUGUUCCUCCGCCACAAGCAGAGAUGCACAAGAGUACCAACAACAACAACAACAACAGCCGCAGCAGCACCAGGAUGACACGUUCCCUGAUGUUUGCUGGGCACCCUGACGGUGCCCGCUUGGUUGGUCUCUUUGAUACCCGUGAAGCGUCCCAGUGCUUUCACGGCGUCCCCGGACACGACCUCGAGUCCGACCCCGCGUCUGGCUCGCUGCUGUCGCUGUCCCCCUCUCCAACCGCCUCCACAGCGGACCACAUGAGUGGCUUCUUCUCCUUCCCUGCCUCACCGUACGAGGGUAGCAACCAGCCGCGCGUCGAUGGCUUUCUCCACGACGACAACUACGAAGACAACUUUGAUGAUGGCCUCAACCUCUUUGAAGACAACGAUCAAGAGGAGCUGCCCACCAAGCGCGCCAAGACAGAGCCGUCGAUGGUGACCCGCUCCAAGGUGCGCCGCCAGCAGCAGCACAAGCAACAGACCAAGAAGACCCGGGACGCCGCUGCUCCUGGUUCGCCCUCCUCCUCAUCCUCCUCCAGCCGCGCGUCUCCUGCCUCAACCUGGACGUCAUCCACCACCACAACAACGCAAUCGCAAUCGACCCGCUCGUCGGUGUACGAUCGCCAGGCCGUGACGGGGCCCUCCACCCCAGCCAGCGGCAGUGGUGGCAGUACCAACGCCAACGCUAACGAGGACGACAACGACGAGGCUCUGGACCUCUCGCUGAUGCACGCGGACAUCCGCAAGAUGCUUGAGAAGAGCAAGGCGGAGGGCCGCGAGCUGACGGCGAGCGAGCGCAAGGCCGUGCGCAACGAGAAGGCGCGCAUCCGCUCCAAGCGCAACCGCCUCAAGCGCAAGAAGGAGGCCAACAACAUGCGCAUGCGCGUGUCGCACCUGGAGAGCGAGAACCGGCAGCUGCACAGCAAGAACUGCCAGCUGGAAGGCGAGAACCACCGCCUCAACGCCCUCGUCGCCCAGCUCCAAGAGCAGCUCAAGCAGCAGCAGCAUCAGCAGCGCUAAACGACACGACCCCAUCACACACGGCCGCUAUAGCAAACAACACGUAAAUGCAAUUUCGCUUCACGAUAACGACAACAGCCGCCAUCACACGGAGACCGGGAUAUACGAUACAGGAUGAACAAGGAGGGGAUGUGACGUGUACUGCUCAGAGAGCGCCAGAGACAUCGUCCCUGUCCUCUCCUUUUUUUUUUUCCCCACCCCCGUUCUCUGUCUGUCUUUCUCGAUCCACGCCAGCAAACACAUGCAUGAUAUCUGUGGUUUGGCCUAUCUACUUGACCUUUCUGAAAGCCCCGAAAACGACAACACUCGUUUCCUUGCUUUUCCCCCAAAUUGUCCAUGCCAUCCCCUUUGAUUCGAUUAGGCGAUUCCACUCGCAGACAACAGCAGGCACAUGCCUUGCUGAUGAUGCUUCUGCCCUCUUAUGCUAUUUGACACUUUUUUUUUUUCGCACCUAUGUGUGCACAGGUUGCACGACACAGUUUUUGUGUGUUGAUCCACGCUCCCAAACCAUCAUGAUUUAUGUUUGUGGUGGCGAUGGUGCAUCUCUACGGCUUCCCCUCUUUCUUUCUUUCUUUCUUUCUUUUUUUUUUUCCUGUUUGCCCUGUUGCUUCCUUUCUUCCUUCCUCUUCCAUGCUUGUCGCUUGUUCUUGGCGGUUUCCCCGCCAACGCUCGUGUACAUACAGAUGACAUGUUGCUCGCGUCUAUCAAAUAAACACAGCGCAAAGCAGUUUUAUUGUAAAGUGUGAACCC